AUGGCGAUUUUGAAUAGGCUUCCAAUGAAGGAUAGGUUGAGAUCAUGGGGAAUGGAAAUUGAUAGUAGAAGCAACUUAUGCCACAAUGAAUAUGAAACAAGAGACCAUGUUUACUUUGAGUGUGUCUAUACAAAAGAAGUUUGGCAAAAGAUUCUUCAGCCAUGCAAGAUUGAUAGAAGAGUAGGAAGUUGGUACACAGAACUGAGCUGGUCAGAGAACAGAUUAAAAGGGAAAGCCUUGAUCUCAACUCUGUUGAGAAUUGCCUGGAAUGCGUGUAUAUAUUUCAUAUGGGGGGAAAGGAACCAGAGGAUAUUCAAGCAAGGGGAGAUGACAACAGCACAAAUGGUGGACAAAGUCAAGGAAAUUGUAAGAUAUAGGCUACAUGGAUUGAAACAUAUUGCAGGAGAUAUGAAUAGUUAUAUUGUAGCAGAUUCCUGCUGA